AUGGAGGGACUUGAAAAAAGCUAUUCAAAUUUGGAACUGCAUAACAACAUACUUGUGGAUACAGAUAAAGUCUUACAACAAGUGGAACAACAACUCGAAACAUAUAUUGGUGAAAUGGUACGAACAAUGAAAGACAAUGUUCUUCCAGCUGAUAAGCCAACACAAUCUCUGCCAGAUACAAGAGACAAUCGAUUAUUCAUUCCAGGUAUUGUUAAAUUUAUUUGUACCCAAGGACAAUACAAUAGAAUCUAUUUAAACCAAAGGGGUUCACAAAAACCAGAAUAUCGUAUUGCAAUUCUUCUUGAUCAAUCGGUAUCCAUGACUGGACCAACAUAUUUUUCAUCUGUCGACAUGUUGCUUUCCAUUUGCGCAGUAUUGAACAAAAUAGGCAUUGAAGAUUUUAAUGUUUUGACAUUUGGAAAACGUAUAGAACUAAUCAAGAGUUACAAACAAAAUUAUGAUCGAUUAUUCGUACAUCAUCUAUUGAAAGCAUUAAAAAUGGACGGUGGAACAACAUUGUUAAGUGAUGCUAUUUUUGCUGCAUCCGAAUUACUACAACAACAAUCGACACAUAACAACAAUCAUGGACCUAUGUUUAUUUUUGUUUUAACUGAUGGUUAUGAUAAACGUGGAAGUUUCAUACAUCGUAUCAUUGCUCAUGCAGAACAACGUUUGAUAUCGCUGUGA